AUGGCGGAACACUUGGCUUCUAUAUUUGGUACGGAGAAGGACAGGGUGAAUUGUCCAUUCUACUUCAAGAUUGGGGCAUGCCGGCACGGGGACCGAUGUUCCCGGCUCCACAACCGUCCGACAAUAUCUCCCACCCUUCUGCUCUCCAACAUGUAUCAGAGACCCGAUAUGAUCACCCCCGGCGUGGACACUCAGGGGCAGCCCAUUGACCCCCGGAAGAUCCAGGAGCAUUUCGAGGAUUUCUACGAGGAUAUCUUUGAGGAGCUCAACAAGUUUGGGGAGAUUGAGAGCCUGAAUGUAUGUGACAACCUUGCUGAUCAUAUGGUGGGGAAUGUCUAUGUCCAGUUCAAGGAGGAAGAACAGGCUGAGGCAGCUCUGCGUGCACUCCAGGGCCGGUUCUAUUCUGGUCGUCCCAUCAUUGCCGACUUCUCCCCUGUCACGGAUUUUCGUGAGGCCACCUGCCGACAGUUCGAGGAGAACAACUGCAAUCGUGGUGGAUACUGCAAUUUCAUGCACGUGAAGCAGAUUGGAAGGGAACUGCGAAGGAAGCUUUACGGACGUUACCGGAGAUCAAAAGGGAGCCGCAGUCGGAGCCCGAGCCCCCACCAUCGGAAAGAGCCUCGUGAUCAUGGGGACUACCGUGACCGUGGCGAGCACCGUGACGGCGGACGCAGAGGAGGUGACAGGCCGGGAAGGCAUGAGAAUGAUGGCGGGCGCCGCCGUCAUGGGAGCCCCAGACGGAUGAGGAGCCCUGCCAGAGAAGGCAGCGAAGAACGACGGGCCAGGAUUGAACAAUGGAACAGAGAAAGAGAGCAGAAGCAAGGAUGA